GCGGCACAACGCCUCAACACCAACACGAUCCAUUGUGUUGACAAGCCGGGAUGGCCGACUUCGUAAAAGGUCUCUUUGGCGGCCAGAAGCCUGUUGCGCACCCUUCGUCAGGCGGCGAUGACGACUUCGCCGACUACGCGGGCGCGCCAGAGCCCACGCCAGCAGCCAUCUCGUCGUUCACUACCGACUCGGCGCCGCCGUCGUCUCCUACCUCGACUCUGGGUCAAGCCCCGUACACAGCAUGGUACCGCGUGUGGGAGCGCACCACGCUCGACGACUUCAAGCUCGAGCUCUACGUCCUCCCCUUCAUCCUCGCCGUCGUCCUUAUACAUCUCUGGGGCACGCGCCGAAACCGCAACAAGGCUCUCCAUUGGAUGAAGUCGCAUGCGCCACUCCUACAGCAAGAGUUCGCCCAGGUCGGAUACCUGCGACCGCAAGCUUCGGUCGACGAUGUGAACGCUGUCGGGCUCAUGCAGGCUACCGAGAAGGCCAGGCAGGAGGCUGCGGACCCUGCCAACAUGCUGCGCGAGAAGAAAGCUGACGAGUACAUGACUUACGCAACCGGCCGCCAAAACGUUGCGUUCGUCGACAUCAAGCUGACCCUCGUCAAGAGGUACAACCCGCUCAUGCGCUUCGGCGAGCAGAUGCUAGGCCUCUUCUUCGAGAGCAUGCCCGCACCGGUAGAGCGCAUGGAAGCCACGUCCUACGUCUUCGACGGUCGCGAGGCGCAGAUCGUCCCAACCUUCGGCAAAGGAGGGGAGAAGACGAAAGUGCCCCACAGCACCUAUGACGGAUUUGUCUUCGCCGUUGUGCACAAAGACCUCAUGAAGCGGCUCCGAGAGGACCGCUACGAUCUCUCGCUCACUGCUACCAAAGACCAUGCGAAGCUCCCCGUCUGGACCACUGUCAUGAGCGAGAGCGCUGAGGUCACUGAUACUAUCCUCACUCCGGAGCUGCUCAGAGCCAUCAACGACGCCGGCGACAACUUCGAGGCGCUAGUCAUCACCGACCAGCCCAUGGACCAGCCCAAGAAGCUUGACGACACCGUCCCCCGUAAGCGCAUAAACCUCUCGCUCAAGCUCCAGCCCACCGGGACUCCAUACACCAGCACCCUCCCGCUCUUCCAGUACUUCCUCCGCCUCCCCGACGUCCUCGUCUCGACGGCCCACUUCCGCGCCGAAGCCAUGCGGCGCAUCAAAGCCACGCGCGAGGAGCAGAUCAACAAAAUAAAGCGCAUCGACGAAGAAGAGAAGGCCGAGGAGCGCAAGCUCGCGGGCGACAAGAUGAAGAAGGAGAAGCGCGACGCGAUGCUGAGCCGCAUGAGCGCCGAGGAGCAGAGGAAGUAUCUGGACAAGGAGAGGGAGCGCGACAGCAAGAAGCGGCAAAAGAGGCAGACGGUUAAGGCGUAGGUUGAGAAAAAUCUGCCUGUCCACCCUAAGAUGCCUUUGCAGACUGCAUAUAGAAUUUUCGUUGACGUUUAUUGUGCAGGUGCAGGACUCGCGUGCAGGGUCAAUGAGGCACGCAAGUGGGAGCUAGUCGAGGGCAUUAUUACUGUCGGUCUUGUCUUGUACGCUGUACGUUUUGCAUAGCGGGUGGAAAGGAGUGGGGCCUGAAAAGGGACAAAAUCAAAAUGCUAUUCUUUCAAUCUUUCAU